UUCAAAAUAAUUUUUAAACAAAUACACACGCAAACCCAAAUAUGCCGAUUUAUACAAGUAAUUUGCAUAUGUCAACACGUACUCGAUAUACGCAAAAUCCUUCGGUCCCAAACAUUAGCGCAUAUCGGGAAGCAGCUGUUUUCUAUUGACAUUGUUUGUAUACCGGUUCUGGCGGUAUUCCUAUUAACACCUCUUGUUCUCGUGCGAAACAUUAACUAAACCUCAAUAAUUAUGUCCUGUUUGCUAUCUGCCAGGCUAAUAGCAUCGGGUAUUAGUGCGAACCGCAUGUACUGUACAGUGGCAGCGGUUAAAAAUGAUUUCAAGCGAAAGAAAUUUGUGAUUGAUCUGGGCAAGAAUGAUGAGGCAUAUCUUCAAUAUUCCGAGGACCGUAAUGGUAACAUUAUCAGCCUGGAGCAUACCUAUGUGCCGGACGCUGGCAAAGGCAAAGGAUUGGGUAAAAAGCUAGUAGAGACGGCUUUUCAAUAUGCCAUAGAGAAGCGGAUGAUGGUCAAGCUGGAAUGUGACUUUGCGGUCAAAUAUUUCAAAGACAAUGAGUCAACGUAUAAGCCUUACGUAACGAAAUGAAUUGCUUUAUGCAGUAGCAGUGCAGAAUAAAAGAAUGAAAUGAUUUA